AAUUCUCACUUUACAUUUACAAUUUAGUAAUUUACACAACAGAACGGCUUCCAGUUCCAGGCGUCACUCAGUCUCAGUCCCGCUACACACGAAACCUCUUAGAUUCUAGUCCCCACACCGGCAGUCGUUGGCGGAGCUUUUCGGUGUCUUCACUCUUCUUCAAAUCACCGCCGGAGGAAAAGCGACGGCGAAAAAUAAGUAAAGAAAAAUAUGGCGAAAGGAACGACGACGAUUGAUGUUGGAGCGGAUGGAGUUGCUAUCAUCACCAUCAUCAAUCCUCCCGUCAAUUCCCUCUCCUUCGACGUGUUGUACAGCUUGAAAGAGAGUUAUGAUCAGGCAUUGCACAGAGAUGAUGUGAAGGCAAUUGUCGUUACUGGUGCGAAGGGGAAGUUCUCUGGUGGAUUUGAUAUUAGUGCUUUUGGCGGAGUUCAAACUGGAAAGGUGGAUCAACCAAAACCUGGUUACAUAUCAGUGGAUGUUCUUACCGAUACAGUUGAAGCUGCAAGGAAACCUUCUGUCGCUGCAAUUGAUGGCCUUGCCCUGGGGGGUGGAUUGGAGGUUGCAAUGGCUUGCCAUGCUCGGCUCUCAACCCCCACUGCACAAUUGGGCUUGCCUGAACUUCAACUUGGAAUUAUUCCUGGAUUUGGAGGAACACAGAGACUUCCACGCCUUGUUGGGAUCUCUAAGGCCCUUGAAAUGAUGCUGACAUCAAAACCAGUGAAAGGAACUGAAGCUCAUGAUUUAGGCCUUGUGGAUAGUCUAGUUUCUCCUACUGAGUUGGUUACCUCUGCGCGCCGCUGGGCCCUAGACAUGGUGGAGGGCAGGAGACCAUGGGUUGCUAGCCUAUACAAGACUGAUAAAUUAGACUCAUUUGGAGAGGCAAGGGAGAUCUUCAAAUUUGGAAGAGCACAAGUGCGCAGACAGGCUCCCAACCUUCAGCAUCCUUUAGUUUGCAUUGAUGUUGUCGAAGCAGGCAUAAUUUCUGGUCCUAGGGCUGGUUUGUGGAAGGAGUUUGAAUCUUUCCAAGAACUCGUGCGUUCUGACACCUGCAAGAGCCUGGUUCACAUCUUCUUUGCUCAGCGUGGAACAACUAAGGUCCCUGGAGUCACAGACCUAGGAUUGAAGCCCAGACGAGUUAAUAAGGUUGCCGUUCUUGGUGGUGGACUGAUGGGUUCUGGAAUAGCUACUGCAUUAGUCCUAAGUAAUUAUCCGGUUAUCUUAAAAGAAAUCAACGAGAAGUUCUUGCAGGCUGGGCUGGAUAGAGUCAAAGCCAAUUUGCAAAGCCGAGUGAAGAAAGGAAAAAUGACUCAGGAAAACUUUGAGAAAACUUUCUCUCUUCUUAAGGGUGCUCUUGAUUAUGAAAGCUUUAGGGAUGUGGACAUGGUCAUAGAGGCUGUUAUUGAAAACGUCUCAUUGAAGCAACAAAUCUUUGCGGACCUCGAGAAGUACUGCCCACCACAUUGCAUACUUGCAAGUAAUACUUCCACGAUCGACUUGAACUUGGUAGGCAGCAAGACAAGGUCUCAUGAUAGGAUUAUUGGAGCCCAUUUCUUUAGUCCGGCUCAUAUCAUGCCACUCCUGGAAAUUGUUCGCACCAACAAGACUUCCCCUCAAGUAAUUGUCGAUCUACUAGAUGUCGGCAAAAAGAUAAGGAAGACUCCAGUUGUUGUUGGGAACUGUACUGGGUUUGCAGUCAACAGGAUGUUCUUCCCUUACACACAAGCUGCUCUUUUACUUGUGGAGCACGGAACUGAUCUUUAUCUCAUCGAUAAAGCUAUCACCAAAUUCGGAAUGCCAAUGGGCCCUUUCCGAUUAGUUGACUUGGUAGGUUUUGGUGUGGGAGUUGCCACCGCCAUGCAGUUUAUUGAGAAUUUCCCGGAGCGAACCUACAAGUCUAUGGUUAUUCCUCUAAUGCAAGAGGAUAAGAGAGCAGGCGAAACUACUCGCAAAGGAUUCUACCUAUAUGAUGACAAACGCAAAGCACGUCCAGAUCCUGAGGUGAAGAAAUAUAUCGAGAAGGCACGUAGUAUAUCUGGCAUUACAGUGGAUCCUAAGCUAGCUAAAUUAUCGGAGAAGGACAUAGUAGAAAUGACAUUCUUCCCAGUGGUCAACGAGGCCUGCAGAGUUUUCGCCGAAGGCAUUGCAGUCAAAGCUGCGGACCUCGACAUUUCAUCGGUCAUGGGAAUGGGCUUCCCUCCUUACAGGGGAGGCAUUAUGUUCUGGGCGGAUUCACUUGGAUCCAAGUACAUCUACACGCGGUUGGAGGAAUGGUCCAGGACAUUCGGCGGCUUCUUCAAGCCCUGUGCUUUCUUGGCUGAGCGAGCUGCUGCUGGUGCUCCUCUGAGCUCUCCGGUGGAGCAAGCGAAAUCGCGAAUGUAGGACUCACAUGUGGGAAAAUGUUCCAAAGAAAGGAUCAUUUCUUUGAUCUUGUGUUGUCAGCAGAAUAAUAUCUUGAUGACAGAGAACCGGGGAGAAAGAAACAUUGUUUAAGGAACGAGAACUUGUAGAACAAUGCUCCAUUUUAGAAUAGUAAAAAACUCUAAAUUUGGAUGUGAUUUUACGGCAUCUAUUUCCAAUAGAUGUUAUUCUGGCUUAAAUUAUGAACUAUCCCCGAGUCUGAGCAACGUUUUUCUCUUUUGAGUGUAAGAGAUUAAAAAGUUAACAAAACUUUUUCCAAAAUUUAAAUUAUUGGAUCCGGUGGUUAUUUUGUUAAUAUGAUAUCAUAGUCUUGAAAAGGUCAUGAUUUUGAAUUCUCAUGAUAAUUGCCAAUUUAAUGCCAUUUGUGGGGGAAAUGUAACAGCUACGAUGUAACAAAUUUUAAUAUUUUUC